UCCGAGGGUGGGGCGGGGGCAGGUGUCAGUCAGGUCGGGAGCGAGAGGGGGACUGCGGAGACCCCGGCGGCUGACAGGGCGCCGGCCGCUGCCGUGCUGUCCGCCCAAGAUGGAGUUCCUGCUGGGGAACCCGUUCAGCACCCCGGUGGGGCAGUGCCUCGAAAAGGCCACAGAUGGCUCCCUGCAAAGCGAGGACUGGACAUUGAACAUGGAGAUCUGCGACAUCGUCAAUGAGACAGAGGAAGGGCCAAAGGAUGCCAUUCGAGCCCUGAAGAAGCGGCUAAACGGGAACCGGAACUACAGAGAAGUGAUGCUGGCAUUAACAGUGCUGGAGACCUGUGUGAAGAACUGCGGCCACCGCUUCCACGUCCUCGUGGCCAGCCGGGAUUUCAUCGACGGCGUUCUGGUCAGAAUCAUCUCUCCCAAGAACAACCCGCCCACCAUCGUGCAGGACAAGGUGCUGGCCUUGAUCCAGAGGCCUCCCGCUGUCUGGUGUGCAGGACACAUCACCCUCUCUCCCAUCAUCCUCUUAUCAUAG